AUGCUAAUGAUACCACGCGGAAGCUGUAAGGCGGGUAUUUACGAAAAACGUCUUCUGCACGAUUUAUUGGAUCCGUACAAUGUUCUGGAACGUCCAGUGGUGAAUGAAUCUGAUCCACUGCAGCUCAGCUUUGGUCUAACGCUGAUGCAAAUAAUCGAUGUGGAUGAGAAAAAUCAGCUCCUCGUGACAAAUAUUUGGUUGAAAUUGGAGUGGAAUGACAUGAACCUGCGAUGGAACACGUCAGAGUACGGCGGUAUCAAGGAUCUGAGGAUACCACCGCACAGAAUAUGGAAGCCCGAUGUUCUCAUGUACAACAGUGCCGAUGAGGGGUUCGAUGGCACGUAUCCAACCAACGUGGUUGUUCGCAAUAAUGGUUCCUGCCUCUAUGUGCCACCGGGAAUUUUCAAGUCAACGUGCAAAAUUGACAUCACAUGGUUUCCCUUCGACGACCAGCGGUGUGAGAUGAAAUUCGGUAGCUGGACCUAUGAUGGAUUUCAACUCGAUUUACAACUUCAGGAUGAGACAGGUGGUGACAUAAGCAGUUUUGUUACAAACGGCGAAUGGGAUUUACUCGGCGUCCCGGGGAAGAGGAACGAAAUCUACUAUAACUGUUGCCCGGAACCGUAUAUUGACAUCACGUUUGCUAUCAUUAUCCGCCGAAGGACUUUGUACUAUUUUUUCAAUUUAAUUGUGCCAUGUGUGUUGAUCGCCUCAAUGGCUCUACUAGGAUUUACACUGCCACCAGAUUCGGGAGAGAAGUUAUCACUAGGUGUAACGAUUUUACUGUCACUCACCGUUUUCCUGAACAUGGUUGCUGAAACAAUGCCAGCCACAUCGGAUGCUGUUCCACUUCUAGGAACAUAUUUCAACUGUAUAAUGUUUAUGGUUGCAUCUUCAGUCGUAUCGACGAUAUUAAUAUUAAAUUAUCAUCAUCGCAAUGCUGACACAUAUGAAAUGUCCGAUUGGAUAAAACUCAUAUUUUUAUAUUGGCUACCUUGCAUUUUGAGAAUGAAUCGGCCGAGACGUAACUUAUCGAUGGAAUACCCUCCGACACCUUGUUCCGACACCUCCGAUCGAAAGCAAACUAUCCACGAUGUAGAAUUAAAGGAAAGAUCAUCAAAAUCUCUGCUCGCCAAUGUCUUAGAUAUUGAUGAUGAUUUUCGACACAAUUGUAGAACUUUAACUCCCGGUGGAACUAUACCACACAAUCCCACAUAUUUUCGUACGGUUUAUGGACCAGGGGAUGAUGGCAGUAUCGGACCAAUAGGAGGCACUCGGAUGCCAGACGCUAUAACACCGCAUACGUGCAUAAAAUCGUCAGCUGAUUAUGAGUUAGCCUUAAUCCUCAAAGAGAUACGUUUCAUUACUGAUCAGCUCCGAAAAGAAGAUGAGGAGAGCGAAGUUGCACGUGACUGGAAAUUUGCAGCAAUGGUCGUUGACAGAUUGUGCCUUAUAAUUUUCACUUUUUUUACAAUAGUUGCAACAAUAGCUGUUCUAUUUUCGGCUCCACAUAUUAUUGUCUCGUAGCCAUAUGAGAGGGGUUAUUGUUAUUGGUUUUAUCACAAAAUCAAUUUGUUAAUUAUUAAAUUUGUAUCUAAACUUCUUAAACUCUAACAUUCUCCCACCCACUCACUCAACAUUCACCAUCUCUUUUCUCUAUGCAUAAAACUAUACCUACAAGAAAUCCGCGUCAUUUUAGCAAUUUUUGCUAGGUUAGUGAAGAGACUUAACGUGAUUAGGAUAUACAUAUAUUUAGGUAAAAAUGAAUAAAUACGAGUGGAGGUCAUCUUCUUCAUCUUGCGAGGAAGCACUCAAAGAUCAUUUAUUCACGCGUCAUGGAAAAAAUUUUAAAUGAAUUUUUGAAUAAAUACCAAAGUUAUUCAUAUACCUAAAUUGCAUAUAAAAAUAUGUAUAUGAAAGAUAUAUAUAUAUAUAUAUAUAUAUUAUAUAGGAAAUGAAGAAUGAAAUGUACUUGACAAGUAUUCAAAGACACACAAUUGAAGAAAACCAAUGCAUUGCAAUUUUCAUAAAGAAUUUUGUAAAUAUUUUUUUCCAAUGGAAAUUGAAAUUAAGCGUAAUGUAACUAAUAUAACAAAAAAAAUUACUAUCGUCGUUCAACUAUAAUUACCAGAUGAGAUGAUGUGAAAGAUGAAAAGAUUCAAAUAAUGAUGCUUACGUUUUUAAGAAUUUAGAGAGUAAUUCUUAACAUGAAAUUAAAAUCAUAUAUUAUAAUCAUCGUAAAUAUAACCAAUUUUUCAAUUAAAUUUGAUGUCGUAAUUCACCAAUUCGGAUAUCAUACUGUUGUUGACAAUGUAUUCAGCAUUUUUUCGGUUUCGAAAAUUGGUUUUUCAACUAAAAUCAAGUAUAAUGCAUUCAAGCGCUCGGCAUGAUCCGAAGAGAUUGAAUACUUUUGAAAGCAAGAGAAAAUAUAUUUAACACGAUGCCCACCCGCCCACCGUUCUCUAUAACAUAUGAAAUAAUGACUACCAAGAGAUAAUUACCGAAUUUCAUAAUAAUAAUGCAAUAUUUAAAAGCGAUACCACUAUUAAAAAAAAAUCAUCACAUUAAAUGCAUACCAAAGACAGUCAAUACUAAUAUUUGACCAUAUCACUUUCACUUUUACAAAGACACCAGAGUACAUUUUUGAGAAAGGAAAACUAACUACUUCGUAACACUUACACACAAUAUUUCCUUAAUUUUUUAAACAUACAUUCAUGGAAGACAAACAACCAGAGACUACAACUUUAAAUUCACAAUUCUUUCACAUUUUUCUAUACAAUUAUAUCUGUUUCAAGUUCGUGAUGUCCAAAUAAGCCUGCCAUUUUAAAAAAAGAAGAAGAAUAAAAGAAACAAAUAAAUAGGAGAAAUGAAAAAAGAAUAUUAAAUAAAGACAUUCAUAUAAAGGAAAAGCCCCAUUAAAUAUAAUUCCCAAUUAAAUAUACCAUAUUUUAUCAUCCAAUCAACCAAAAAUGAAUAUAUAAAAUUAAACAAUAAGUUUAAAUUCAUAAAGAUUUUAACAGGGAAUGGUACCUUUUCAAAAAAAUAAAUAUUUAAAAGACAUGAAUUAACAAAAAAAAGAGAUCAAUUUUAAUGAUGAGCAAGAGACGAUAUCCCCAGAGAAACACAGAAAACAUUACCAUGAAAAACUGGUUUCAAUUUUUUGAUAGAUUUUUAUAUGUACAUACAUAAAACUUAGUUUUCGUACGACUAAUUUAAGUCUUUUGGUUGCUCCUCCUUUUUCUAUAUACUCAACCUAAAUAUAUUCUCAUAUGUACGAUACAAAAAUAUGUACCGAAGACAAAAGCACACACCUUUUUAAUCUAUUCUGUGUGUGAAAAUCGUAAUUUGCUAUAAAUGCAAAAUCAAUACCUUAAUUAUAUGUAACUUUAAAGGAAAAAUAGUGAGAAAUGAUAGGUAAAUAGUUAAUUUUUUGAAAUACAGCUGGAGUUGUAUUAAAUGAAGAAAAAAGAAACUCUAUAGAAGAUUAUAGAUAAGAGUUUAUAGAGAAAUUGAAACUAUAUAAGAGAUUAUAUUAUCAUCUAUCAUGAAUAGAUAAAAAGGAGUGAAAUUUUUGGAUUCGGUUCCAAAGAUUCAAUAUUACACACUUUCAUCCGAUUCAUCUCAAGUCACGCCAAUUAUUCUUAUACGAUUUAAUGUGUAAGAAUAGGCGAAGAACGCAUUUAUUGUCGCAGCUAUAAAACAUGAGGAAAAAAACAAAUUUUAAGAAUCAUUGUAAAUUUUACUAUUUCCAUUUUUACUCAAUUUGUUUAUAUCUAUCGUUGAUGAAUAAUUGUAUAAAGAUUGCAUAAUGUAUUAAGAGAAAAAUAUAUAGACAAAUCGAAUUAUUGAUAGCAAAUAUGGAAAGGAAAAUACACUGAAUUGUAAAUCUUUCCUACUUGAAAAACUAUAAACUAACUUGGAAACACAGCACGAAAUCGGUUGACAUUGAUCGUACGACAGUACUAACUCUUUAAAACCACUUUUAGUUAAUACGAAAAUAUCCGUUUUAGGGUCCUUAUUGCAAAAAUUGAAUCUUGGGAAUCACUGCAUUUCGUGCUGUGCUGCGUGAGUUAAAUUGACAUUAUUUACUUAUAAAAAAAAGACAUUUUGCAUGAGAAUUGCCAUGCAAUGCAAGUGAAAAUAGUUAAAAUUUCAAUGUAUUUUCGUGAAGAGUUGAAAGAAUAUUUUAAACAAGAAGACUUCUAUACUUUCGGGAAUCGUAUGAUCUGUUUAUGUGUAGAACAUCCAAAUGAUCAAAUAAUUUAUUGACAUCCUAUAAAGUAAAGUGUAGCCUAAACAAGCAAUAUCUGUUGUCAUCAGUUGAAUUGCAUUUUAAUGCGAAAAGAUUAUCUCUGUUGGACACUCAAAUUCUUUAUUAUUCUCCUGACUAAAUUCAAUGGCAUGGACCUCGAUGGAAUAUCUAAUGAAAGGUUGAUAGCUGAUGUGGGAAAAGAUAAAAUAAUCACAAUAUGUGCUUGUAUAAAAUAUCCACUGGGGGCGAUAAACAAUUUUCCUCGUGUGAAGGCAAGAUCAUGGCUUCAAGAACAAACGAACUGUUAAUAAAUUUGAAGAUAUGGGAAAAUUGGAGGACAAAAUUCGCGAAAAAAAAGGAAUUUUAAAAAUAAAAGACAUGGAAACAACUAAAAGUAAUUAUCAACAGCACGACUGUGAUAUAUUUAAUGUCGUUGUUCAAGAAUUAAGACGAAAUAAAAGAUAUAAUGAAAAUUUACUUAAAAAAAAGAGUUCAUUAAGAAUCAUCGUUAGUCGGCCAGAUAAAAAAAAGUCUUUAGUGUAUAAAUUGUGGGCAGGUUAGAAAAUUUACAAUUCGUUUCCUCCAAAAACCAAAAACACCCACUCAGAGCGCACUUUAUCUUUUAUCUCUUAUCUCGGAAUAUUUUCAAGCUCACAAACUUCACACAAAUAUAACCUUGAGCUGGCGUGUUAUUACAUGAAAUAAAAGAGAGUAUCUUUUGUCGUAUUAGUAUUGUUAAAUUGCCAAAACAAGUCGUUGAUGAACGAAUAUGAAAAAAAAAUUAGUUAAUUAUGAAGAGAUUUUUAUACAGAAGAUAUGGAUCAAAUUGGUUUGCAAUCGAAAACUUGACAGUGAAAGAGAUUUGUGAAAAAUUUGAAACCGUAGUAAAUUUUUACUGAACGCAUAAAUAAGAACGAUGAAGCAACAACAAAUAGGCAUAUAUGGAAAACCAAAGCACAAAAAUCAAUAUUAGAAAUACAAGUUAGUCUCACUUCUGAUUUUGAACGCAUUGAGAAACGAGACGUUUGAAAACCUAUACAAAUAAAUUCUCACUCGCAAAAGUAAUUAAGAAUACAAACAACAAAAAAAAAUGCAGAGCAGUCUAUGUACUGAAAGUUCAAUAGAAUGAUAAAGGAAGCCAUUUCAUAGCCACCAAGUUUAAUAUUACUUAAUAGGGGACAACUUGAUGAUAUAAAGGCUUUUAAUAAAUUCACACAUUUUCAUAUUUAAAUAAUUCAUAAAAAUCAUUAUUAAAUUCAUAAUAAUAAGGAAUAGUAAAAAAGAAAUGAACAAAUUUAAUAGUAAAGUAAACGUCAAUAAGUAAUAAAACUAAUAAAUGAAUAUUAAAAAUAAUAAUGGAGUCAUUCGCAAUUAAACUCAUCAACUAAAUUAGUAAUAUCUUGACAGAGCAAGAGAGAAACAAAUAUUGGUAGGUUUUUUUAAAAGUGAAUAAUUUUCUCAAUAGAUUGUAAUCACAGAUCGUAUUCAAGUUAAUCAGUACGGUAUUCAGAUUCACGAGAAUGGUUAGCUGAAAUUCAGGAUGACAAAACUACAAAAUGUAACUCAUUAAUUAGCUAACCUAGAGAGUCACACUUUAUAUCGAAAUUUGACAAGAGAAGGUAAAAAAAACAUAGAUAGAAAAUUUGAGGUGACUGUGAAGUCUCAAAUUUGACACCGUAAAAACUCUUCAUGAUGUCUAAGUGAAUACAAUAUUUAAUCAAUACAUUUUUUGUAUAUUGUAAACAGUAAUGUAAUUUUAUAAAUUGUUUUACAGAGAGAAAAACUGAUGAUAAUUUGAAAAAAAGAGAAUCGUAUAAAUAUAAUUAAAUGAUAAAACUAAAAUAAUAAAAAUUCGAAUAAAAUAAAAAUAAUAUUUGAGAAA